GCGAAAGUGCCGGCGGUUGCGGAAGGCGAAGUUCAAUCCCAGUGUCCGCCCCCUGAGUUGUGGCCUUUCCGAAGGAGGAAGCUCUGAAACACAGAGUGCCCAGUGCCGUUCCGCAGGGAAGUGUCGCUUGCGUUCAGCUGUUCUACACAAUGGACUCAGUACCUGCCACUGUAUCUUCUCUCCCCGCUACCCCGGGGGACCCGGAACUUCUGGGACCCCUGUCGGUGCUCUACGCAGCCUUCAUAGCCAAGCUGCUGGAGCUAGUUUCUACAUUGCCUGAUGAUGUUCAGCCUGGGCCUGAUUUUUAUGGACUGCCAUGGAAACCUGUACUUAUUACUGCCUUCUUGGGAAUUGCUUCAGUUGUUGUUUUCUUCUGGAGAACUAUCCUUGUUGUAAAGAGUAAAGUAUAUCAAGUCACCGAACAGCAGAUUUCUGAGAAGUUGAAGAUUAUUAUGAAAGAAAAUACAGAACUUGUACAGAAAUUGUCAAAUUAUGAACAGAAGAUCAAGGAAUCAAAGAAACAUGUUCAAGAAACCAGGAAACAAAAUAAUCUCUCUGAUGAAGCAAUUAAAUUUAAGGAUAAAAUCAAGACACUUGAAAAAAAUAAUGAAAUUCUGGGUGACACAGCUAAAAAUCUUCGUGUUAUAGAAUCUGAGAGAGAACAGAAUGUCAAGAAUCAGGAUUUGAUAUCAGAAAACAAGAAAUCUAUAGAGAAGUUAAAAGAUGUUAUUUCCAUGAAUGCUUCAGAAUUUUCAGAGGUUCAAAUUGCACUUAAUGAAGCUAAGCUUAGUGAAGAGAAAGUCAAGUCUGAAUGCCAUCGGGUUCAAGAAGAAAAUGCUAGGCUUAAGAAGAAAAAAGAGCAGUUGCAGCUGGAAAUUGAAGACUGGAGUAAAUUACAUGCCGAGCUCAGUGAGCAAAUCAAAUCAUUUGAGAAGUCUCAGAAAGAUUUGGAAGUAGCUCUUACUCACAAGGAUGAUAAUAUUAAUGCUUUGACUAAUUGCAUUACACAGUUGAAUCGAUUAGAGUGUGAAUCUGAAUCUGAGGGUCAAAAUAAAGGAGGAAAUGAUUCAGAUGAAUUAGCAAAUGGAGAAGUGGCAGGUGACCGGAAUGAGAAGAUGAAAAAUCAGAUUAAGCAGUUGAUGGAUGUCUCUCGGACACAGACUGCAAUAUCGGUAGUUGAAGAGGAUCUAAAACAUUUGCAACUUAAGCUAAGAGCCUCGAUGUCCACUAAAUGUAACCUGGAAGACCAGAUAAAGAAAUUGGAAGAUGACCGCAACUCACUGCAAUCUGCCAAAGAUGGACUGGAAGAUGAGUGCAGAACCCUGAGGCAGAAGGUGGAGAUUCUGAAUGAAUUGUAUCAGCAGAAGGAGAUGGCUUUGCAAAAGAAAUUAAGUCAAGAAGAGUAUGAGCGGCAAGAAAGAGAGCAGAGGCUGUCAGCUGCCGAUGAAAAGGCAGUUUCGGCUGCAGAGGAAGUAAAAACUUACAAGCGGAGAAUUGAAGAAAUGGAAGAUGAAUUACAGAAAACAGAGCGGUUAUUUAAAAACCAGAUAGCUACCCAUGAGAAGAAAGCUCAUGAAAACUGGCUCAAAGCUCGUGCUGCAGAAAGAGCUAUAGCUGAAGAGAAAAGGGAAGCUGCCAACCUGCGACACAAAUUAUUAGAAUUAACGCAAAAGAUGGCAAUGCUGCAAGAAGAACCUGUGAUUGUAAAACCAAUGCCGGGCAGACCAAAUACACAGAACCCUCCCCGGAGAGGUCCUCUGAGCCAGAAUGGCUCUUUUGGCCCAUCCCCUGUGAGUGGUGGAGAAUGCUCCCCUCCACUGACAGUGGAGCCACCUGUGAGACCGCUCUCUGCUACUCUCAGUCGAAGAGAUAUGCCUAGAAGUGAAUUUGGAUCUGUGGACGGGCCUCUGUCUCAUCCUCAAUGGUCAGCUGAGGAAUCUGGGAAACCCUCUCCUUCUGAUGCAGGAUCUGGUCCAGCUGCCAUGAUGAACAACGGCUCAAGAGGCUCUUCCCCUUCCAGGGCGAUGGAUGAAGGCAAGCAAACUGUUCUCCAAGAGCCUGAAGUCCCCUCAGUUCCCAGCAUUACAUCUUCAGCUGAGCAUCCAGUAGCAGGUCAUACGACUCCAAGAGGGCCCCCUCCUUUCCCAGGAGUCGCUCUGAUGAGCACCCCCAUGGGAGGCCCUGUACCACCACCCAUUCCAUAUGGACCACCACCUCAGCUCUGUGGACCUUUCGGGCCUCGGCCAAUUCCUCCGCCCUUUGGCCCUGGUAUGCGUCCACCACUAGGCUUAAGAGAAUUUGCACCAGGAAAACGGGACCUGCCACUCCACCCUCGGGAAUUUUUACCAGGACACGCACCAUUUAGACCUUUAGGUCCUCUUGGCCCAAGAGAGUACUUUAUUCCCGGUACUCGAUUACCACCCCCAACCCAUGUUCCCCAGGAUUACCCACCACCACCUGCCGCAAGAGACUUACUGCAGCCAGGCUCUAGAGAGGAGCCUCCUCCUGCCUCUCAGAGCACUAGUCAGGACUGUUCACCGGCUUUAAAGCAGAGCCCGUAACUAUGACCUCUGAUGUUUCAUUGGAGAAAAAAUGGACUGCAUUAUUCAUUACAGUAAAGGAUUUCAUUGGCUUCAAAAUCCAAGUUUAUUUUAAAAGAUCUGUUGUUAGAACUAAGCUGCCUUGGCAGUAUGCAUUUUUGAGCCAAACAAUUCAGAAAUGUCAUUUCUUCCCUAAAUAAAAAUCACCUUUUAAGCUAUAGCAUCCUUACUACUUUGAAAUGUGCAAUAAAGAAUACUUGUGUUUUAGCUAAUGUAGCAUUGUAAUUGCUAAAUGAUUUAGAAUGUCAUGUAAAAUAUGAACAUUUCCUGUGGAAAUGCUUUAAGAACAUGUAUUUCCAUCAUCCUGUUUUUAGUGUACACCAGCUGAAUACAGAGCAAUGGUGUUUAUAAGCAUUUUUGUUUUUUUUUUUUUUUAAACUAUCUGGUCCCAAAGACUGUUAUGCUAAAAAUGUUUACUAAAAGAUCACUAAAUUUUCUCUCCCCUCUUGCUGAAGUUCUUUGUAGUAAUAGUUCAUAAAAAGUUGUUUAUUAAUAUUUCCCAAGUGUCUGUUGAUUCAUUGGACUGUUAGGAGGCUUGUGCCAUUUGGAAAACAUGUAAACUCAGUCUCCCAGAACUGAACAUGGUGGCUGGCAGCACACUUCCGGCUGCUCCCCUCAGUCACCUGUGAACUCUACAAGUGAUGUCUUUUUAUUUCAAAGAAGUUAGUGGGUUCCCACUUGUGUAGCAUUCACAUGCUUGCUUUAUGACACUCAUUGUCUAUUUGAGAAUGGUUUUCGGAGAGUGAGUUUACAUUAGUAGCAAGAGUUGUUUGACCUGAUGUUCUGUUGCUUUUACCAUUCCUGUAGAAAGGGUGCACAACAGAAAAGUGAAAACGUGUCAUGAAAGUACUGAAAUCUUUUUAAAUUUUUAAAAUGUGUGGUCUCUUAUCUUUCCCAUACCUUGCCACUGAUUUUCAAGGAAUAUAAUAAAAAGAUUGGAAAAGUA